AUACUUUUUCUGCGGGGUGGGGUGGGAAUUCAGAACUUAUGAAGUCCUUUCAAGUGGGCCCCUAAUUACACAUUUAUCUUCCGAAUGCAUGAUUCUAUUCUAUAUCUAUAGAGAGCUAGCUCAAGGGAAGGAGAGAGGAGAGGAGGACAAAUGGCGUUGAUAUGGGACAGGAAAAGGGGGGGAUGCAACAGCAACACCCCUCAACUCAAGAAGAUUGUUGAACUAGCUUCAUCCAAACAAACGCACCCACUGUCCAUGGACGAAAACGAAAUUAACAAGAUCCACGCCUGCCUUCGAAAUACAUACAUGCAAUUGCACACCCCAGAUCACCCACCUUACUCACAGACGAUAUUUAAAGCCAUUAACUCACUGAAUUAUGAGGAAGGUGGUGCAAACAAAGCUGCUAUAUCCGCCUAUAUUAAGUCAGAGUUCCAUGAUCUGGCUUGGGCUCAUGAGAGCCUUCUCUCUCACCAUCUUGGCAAGCUCCUUGAGAGAGGCGAGUUGGUUACUUCUCCUAGCACUGGUGAUUGUCAGCUUCCUAAACCAUUGUUAUUAGCACAUGAAGAUUUGGAUCCAUCAAAGCAUGCUCGGGGUCGGGGGCGGCGAGGAAGGCCACCAAAACCGAAACGAGGAAACAAGGAAAACAUGACUAAGAGAGAAUCAUUGUCUUUGUGUGAGCAAAGGAAAAAGUAAGGAAUUAACAAGGUAAGUGUGGAGGAGGAUGGAAACCCCAAGAAGAGGAGAGGAAGGCCUCCCAAGAAAUUAAUAAGUGACAAUCAUCCAUUGGGCAGUUUUUGAGAAUUGGAAGGACCUAAUGCAAAGGAAAAGUAGGCAUGUGACACUUGACAUGCACCCCAAUAGAUAAAGCAUGAUUACUUAACUUACCAUUUUUCCAAAAUAAAUGCUUAGAAAACCUAUAACGAUUAUUAUUAUUCUUUUUGAAAAA